AUGAGCCUCACAACCUGCCCCGCCGGUGUGGCGCGCGCUGGCUCGGCAAGCUUUUUAGACGAGUAUCAACAUGAGUCAGAGUUUGAACCCGUCUCGAGUGAAUUCAACUCGAUUCGCUUCGAAUACUUGGUGACCGUGCUUCUGGUGGUCAUUGCCAUUGCCCGAUUGGUCUUUCACACCUUCAAUCUGCAACGCAUCGUCCCCGAUUCGGCCCUCACCAUCAUUAUCGGCGUGCUGGUCGGCACGUUUUUAAGCUCCACGGGCACGGAAUCUGCCGAGGUUCAGUUUGAUGAAGAGAUUUUCUUUCAUUACCUGUUGCCUUGGAUCAUCUUGAGUGAUGGCUACUUUACCGACGUGAGCAUGUUUCUCAAGAACAUGCGCGUCAUCCUCAUCCUGGCCCUGAUUGGCACACUCAUCAACACGUUGGCCAUUGGAUACAUCAUGUAUGCCGUGGCUGACUGGGUUGGCUUGGCCGGGUUCCGCGCUAUCGACGGCCUUGUGUUUGGCUCCUUGAUUGCUGCCGUCGAUCCCGUCGCUGCCCUUUCAGUCUUUGAAGAGGUGCACGUCAACGACAAUCUCUUUAUCACCGUGUUUGGUGAGAGUACCCUCAACGAUGGCAUCGCUAUUACGCUUUUCCGCAUCUUUGCGGCCCUGGCCUAUCGUCGCAGUGAUCCCCGCGUCAGCGACGAGACGGGCGAGACAUUCUUGAUCGGCUUGUCACAAUUCGUCCUCACUUUCUUUGGUGGCAUCAUCGUCGGCUACGCAUUUGGCCUCAUUGCGGCCUUUUUCGGCAUGUUCACACGCAACCUGGGCGCCCUCAUGCCCUUGCUUGUCCUGGCCAUGGGCUACCUCAGCUAUCUGACGGCCGAGUCGUUUGAAAUUAGUGGCAUCAUUGCCAUCCUUGUCACGGGCAUGACCAUGCAGCUGUAUAUGCCCGGCAACAUGAGUCGAGACACUGCGACGGGAGUACACACGCUAUUGCACACAGCCUCUGACACGGCCGAAACAAUUGUUUUCAUUGUUUUGGGCAUCGAAGUCAUCCUCAGCAUCGAGACGGGCUGGAACACGGGUUUUGUCGUGAUUGCGCUCUUGGCUUGCUUGAUCAUCCGCUUCCUCUCGGUGUAUGGCCUGGUUGCGCUGGUCAAUCCCUUUCGUGAGCGCGAUUUGCAGUUUUCAAUGGCCGAUCGCUUCAUCCUCUCCUAUGGUGGCUUGCGUGGGGCGAUUGCCUUUGCCCUGGCUACCAUUCUGCUGGACGACGAGCAGCUGUGCGUGGACGAUGAUGCGGGGCAGGCAUUUGCACCUUUUCGAUUCCGAGAUCUCUUUGUCAGCGCCACCAUUGCUAUCGUUGUCUUCACCAUCCUCGUGCAAGGCACAACGCUCAAUCCACUGUUGCAAUGGUUGCACGUGCGACGCAAAAACGAGGACGAAUCUGAGGCAGAUGGCAAGGAGCUCGUUCGCGAGCUCGUCGAUUCAAGCGCCGAGCACAUUAUUGAGUUCAUGCAUCAUCUUGUUGGGCUGAAUACCCACAAUGCCGCUUCAUGGUAUCUUCACCGGCUCGACAUAGUUUUGGACCACUUCUUCUAUCAAGAGAACAUUUUCCGAGUGCGCCAUGCAUUCGAGGUGCUGGAGGACGACAUUGAAGCCACCACUCGACGUCUGGUGACCAAUAUCCGAGCUGCGCAAAAGGACAUUGCCGAGGACGAUGAGUUGACAGACGAGGAGCGUGUGCAUGCUCUGCGUGCCCAUGUUGAAAAUGCUGUCAGUGCGGCCGCCGGUGGCGUUCAAAGUCGCCUCAACCAUGCCACCAACGUGGGCGCUAUGGCUGGGGCCUGGAAGAGUCGGGCGGUUCGAGGCGGUGGUACGCGCCCGCAGCGACGCGGCUGGGGACGGCGUACGGAUGAGCAACAUGCAUCACAGCGCCGGGCUCGCAUGCUGACCAAUGAGCUGGCGAGUGAAAUUUCCCGAGGCUCCAUUCAAGAUGGCGCGCUCCAACUCUGGGCGCGCCGCACAGCGCUGGAAGCAGCUGCGUAA